UAGCUCGGAAUAGUUUUGUUUACUCUCUUAAAGGUGUUAUAUAUAUUGAAAGAAAAUAUUUUAUAUACAAUAUGGGGUUUUGCUUUGAAUCGUCUGUAGUUCAGCCAAAAGUAGCGGAAAUUGAAUGGAGAGAUGACCAGUUAACAAUGGCUUUCAAAACGUUCGACACAGAUAAUGAUAGGAAGCUUUCGAAGAGAGAGCUGAAAGAAGCUUUCAAAUAUCUUGGAUCUCAUUGCAGCAGAUUUAGAGGUGCAAGAGCUCUUAAAUAUGCUGAUCAAGAUAACGAUGGCUUUGUUGAUCUCUCUAAUUCUGAGUUGUCUAAACUCGUCACCUAUGCCAACAACUGUGGCUAUAAAGUUGUUUAGUAUAUAUAUACACAUAUUUUCACUAAUACAUAUGUAAUAUAUAUAUAUAUAGUACUCACCUAGCAAACCCUAGGUUUGAUCUUAAUUAGUUUGAGAGAGAGAAGGGUAAUAUGGGUAUUAUACGUAUAAUAGUACGUAAUAAGUAGUGCGAUAGUCGAAAAAAAAAGGUGGUGGCUACCAAGGUUCGUAUAUAUAGUACACCCCAACUGAGCCGAGCGCUAUUAUCAUGUGUUGUAAUAUUUUAUCUUUAUCUAUAAAGUGUGAUUAUAUAACUAAAAUUGUUGAUUUAA